AUGCUGGGUUUCGUGUGUUUUAUGUGCCCGGGUCUUUUCAACGCUUUGAAUGGUCUUGGAGGUGCUGGUCAGGUCGACGAGACCACAGCUGCCAAUGCCAACGUAGCGCUCUAUUCUUGCUUUGCGGGUAUGGCUUUUAUCUCUGGUUCCAUCCACAACAUGAUCGGCAGCAAGAUGACGCUGCUCAUCGGGACGUUUGGUUACACGCUUUAUAUCGCCUCGUAUCUGGCAUCUAACUUGCAUCCUCUAACAAAGGGCAUCGACAACUUCAGCAUCGCCGCUGGGGCGAUUCUCGGCAUCUGCGCUGGCCUGCUGUGGACUGCCCAGGGAUCGCUUAUGCUUGCUUAUCCUACUGAGAGCCAGAAAGGCCGUUUCAUUGGUAUCUUCUGGAUAGUCUUCAAUCUCGGGGGUGUUAUUGGCUCUGCUGUGGCGUUCGGUCAGGCAAACAGUGUUUCCAACAACACGUACAUCGCGUUCAUUGUGCUGACGUUCAUCGGAACCAUUCUGUCGCUUUUCAUAGCGAACCCGAACAAGAUAUAUCGUACCGACGGUACCAAGGUGGUGCCUCUUCGCCAUCCCACCUGGCAGGCGGAGAUUACCAGCCUGGGUCUUGCCCUCUGGGCGGAUCCUAUGAUUCUCCUGCUCUUCCCGCUCUUCCUCGCGUCCAACUGGUUCUACACCUGGCAGUUCAACGAUUUCAAUGGUGCCCUCUUUUCAAUUCGCACACGUGCCCUCAAUGGCAUGAUCUACUGGGCAUCGCAAAUGUUUGGAAGUAUUGCGAUUGGUACUUUACUCGAUUGGCCUAGACUGCACCGUCGCACGCGUGCUGUGAUUGGGUGGGUCGUACUUCUCGUUUUCGUCAUGGUCGUUCAUGGCUGGGCCUACCACUAUCAGAAGGAUUAUACUCGCGACAGCCUCAUCGCCAAUCCUGAGAGAAUCGACUUUAGCACUCCUGGUUACGCGGCAUACAUCUGGCUUUACAUCUUUUGCGGACUUCUGGACAGCAUGUGGCAGACCGCCUGUUACUGGUUCAUGGGUGCAAUGUCUAAUGACCCCGCCAAGCUCGCUUACUUCACCGGCUUCUACAAGAGUCUCCAAUCUGCUGGUGCGGCGGGUAUCUGGCGCGUUGAUGCCGAACUCCUGCCCUACAUGAAUAUCUUCGCAUCAACAUGGGCACUCCUUUUAGGCGGCCUGUUUUGCGCCGCACCGGUGUUGUGGAUUCGCAUCAGGGACCACACAGAAAUGAAGGAUGAGACCUUGUGA